AUGUUCCGCGACGAGAGCAACCAUGUCAUCAAAAAAGCAACCACCGCGAAGCCGCGCAUCAAGAAGCUGAAACAUGGCGUCCGGGCCGCUCCCAAGCUAGACGCGGCGCCGAUGCCUCUAGGACCGCCACCGCCCUCGCCCUCGCCCUCGCCCUCGCCGUCCGCCGGCGUCCUGGUUCUGCGCGACAGCCCGCGGCCCUCGAGGGCUCAGAGCCCCUUCAAGUCUUCUCGUCCCAACAGCGGGCCUCUUCUGUCCGUGCUGCUGGCCGGCUCCCGUGACCACGGCGACGGCGACGGCUACGACGGCUACGACUCGUGGCAGACCAACUCGUACCCCUACGAGUACGAACGCAUCGUCCGUCGCGGCCAUGGAGACGACGACGACGACGACGACGACAAUGCCGACGACGGCUUCGAGUUUGACGACGAUGACGACAUGCUGGUGCACAUCCCCUAUGCGCCGUCCAUCUCUCUCCAGGAGCGCGGCACGGCCUUCUUCUUCUCGCGCUACGUCGCCACCGACCAUGGCUGCUAUCAAAACUACGACUUCGUCUACGACAUCUGGAAGCCGCCCGGCAUGAACCGCGUGAGGGGCCCAGAAGCACCUCCGCUCAAGAGGGCAGAUGCUCUCAUAUCCGCCGGCAUGACGGCCGUCGGCCUGGUUGGCCUGUCCAAAAUCACAGGUGAUCGCGAGACCAUGACGCGCGCUCAGCAGAGCUAUGGCACCGCUCUGCAGCUGGCCAAUGCCGCUCUCCGAAACCCGGGCGAAGCUGUCGAGGAUAGCACGAUGCUGGGCGUCCUCAUUCUCGGCACGUACGAGUUCAUCUCUGGACACACGCCGCAGACACUGCACGCCUGGCAGGAACACAUCAACGGCGCCGCCACGCUUGCCACCAUGAGAGGCCAAGCGCAGUUUCGAACAAAGGCCGGCGUCAGAAUGUUCCUCAUGCUAUGCCACUCCGUCCUCAUCAGCUGCAUCCAGAGCGGCCUGCCCAUGCCAAAGUCCAUUGUGGACCUGCGCAACGAGCUGCGGCACGUGGCGGACAGCAAGCGGCCGGCAUGGCGUGUCAUUGAUCCCUUGUACAGGGCGCUUCAGAUCCGACACGACAUCAAGCACCGGCGAAUCACUGGUGUGGACGAAAUUGUCGGCAGCCUCGUCGAGAUUGAAGAGGACUUUGAAAAGCUCAUCAAUGGACUGCCGCCGUCUUGGCGCUAUCAGAAUGUCAAGCUGACCAGAUCCAACCCGGCCAUCAUGGGCCGGACGUGCCAUGUCUAUCCCGGCCUGACCCAGGCCACGGCUUGGAACGCUGUGCGGACCAUGAGAAUGCUCGUUCAGGAGACGAUCCUGGAGCAGCUGUGCCACAGUGUCGAGGAUCCCACCACUCUCCCGCUGCACCACCAGAUGCUGUUGGUCAAGGCCAUGAGAAUGCUGCGCAUGCUCGGCGAGGCUGUCGUUGGGAGCGUGCCCCAGCACUUUGGCAUCGUGAGCUCCCGCGACGUAAAGUACACCAAGGCCGAGGAGGCUCAGCCUACCGUCACCGCUCAGAACCAGUCGUCGACUAUUCUGGCGACGCCGUCACUCUUGCCACCCGCUUCUGAUCGAGACGAGAGCAAAUCUCCCGUUCCCGCCUGGCCACGGGAGAGCGUAGCCACGCGCCCGACGCUGCUCGACCCAACGCAGUCCGAGUUGAACAACGGUCGGGGCUGCGACUCGGAGAGGUUCCUGACGCUGGCUACGGCGAGCAACACCAUCAUCUGGCCGCUCUAUACGCUUGGCCUAUCGUCAUCCUGCACCCAUGAGACGAGCGCCUACAUUGUCGAUAGGCUCAUGUCCAUCUAUCGCGAGACGGGGUUGGAACAGGCGCGCGUUGUCGCAGGCAUGAUGCAAAACAAGGUCGAGUCGUUGACUUGGGCCAGCAUUCCUACAACCCGUUUGCCGUCAUUGCCUGAUGACGCUUUGCCGCUGGUGGUAUAG